UACCAUGGCGUCCAAGAUAACAUUUGAUGAUGGAGGGCCCGCAAAGAGGGCCCGUUUUUCAACUCCUGAAUUCCCAGACGAACUUGUACUCAAAACGGCGAUCAGUAUGGGUGUUCUGUCAGACUUAAAUGUCCCAUGUUACACAUUAACACCGUUAGAAAUAAUUAACUGCAACGGCGCGGACUGUCAACAGGGAUUUACAUUCCCGGAUGCCUAUUGCAGUGUUAGUCCUAUAGAACCGCUGCAUGUAUUUGGUAGUGUGUUUGAAAAGGGAAUCUAUAUGGUUCUACACUAUUUAGAUGGCCAUGUUUUACCAGAUAAUAAUCAAGAAAAACAUAUAUUGUGCAAGCUGUUGGAUUACCUUGUUGAUAAAGAUUCCCAUGCUGUGCUGGAACAAUCAGAAAUGUUUUCCGAGACAGAUGUAUCUGUUCUUUUGGCAAAUCACCUGUUUGUGAAAUUGGCAGCAUCUCCGUCCUAUACCAUCGACUGGCACUCUAAGGGGAGACGAGGCGCUGAGUGUCCCUGCUGUAUCAGUGAUUGUAAACUGAGUGGUCAGUACGGCGAUACAAGUGCAGGAAAUGAAGAAGUAUGGCAUGGCAGUUUGGAUAUUAUCAUCAAUGAUGAUGUUAUUGUUGUGAAACCUUUAGAAAAUACAGAUGGAAAUUCCUUGGAAGAAAGGAAACCAGCAAGUUUAAAAAACAACCCGCAGAUUAUUGCAGAGACAAUAGUGUUUUCAUUUCUUCAGAAGCAGAGACACUCUGAAGAUGACCAUUAUCUGUUUCCUUGUAUCGGAGUGACUGGCAAAGAUUUGGUCUUCUUUUUCUAUGACUCGGAUAAUGAUGUUCUUCUAGAAAGUUCCCCUAUUCCAUUGCUUGUAGAAGAUUCCGGUGGUGAAUUCCGGAUCAACUUUGUUGCUGUUCUGGCUUCUUGGUUGGUCAUUAAUUACAAGUAUUUAUGUAGCGGACUUACAGAGUCAAUGUUAUCAACAGACAAGAAGGCAGGCUUCUUCUCACAUGCCGGAUCAAUGUUAGACAUUUAUGAAUAUUCUUUAAAAUUGGGUAACGUUGGGGAACCUUCUCGCUCUCGGAAACAUUGUAAUGUGGUAGACGCCAGUGAUCCUAUCCUUAAAGGGUCACGAGAAAUCAUUGACAAGAUCAAGGCAAAGCAAAGUGGACACAUCAUUUUGUAGAUGAAGCAAUAUUGUAUGGGGAAUGAUCACCAGUUCUUGUACCAUAUAGACAAUGCAAUGCAUGAGAACUUAUAAAUAUAAUGUGACAAAUUUUUGUGGUUAUUUAUAUGUCAAUAAAAUGUCUUCAAUUUUAUGUCCUAGAGGUUCGUUUAUACAGACAUAUGUGCAGCAUUUGUUUGUUAAGCUAAAUUAAUAACUUGAAGUGUUGCAAGAAGUUUUUGCCAGUUAGCAGAGUCUAAGUUUUAACUUGUGCAAUUAUUGGAAUAUUCACAUGCGUGAAAAAAAAUGUAUGACUUAAAAUGUAGGGUAUUCCUUUGGAGAAUCAAAAACUGAUCUGUAUUAUUUAGUAGAAAACACUACUACUCUAGAAGCCUCAUGAUAACAAUGGUUUACUGAUUUGUAACAUGCCCACACGAAAUGAUUGUAUGGGAGAUUCCAUAUGCUUCAGUGAUAUUGAUGUAUGUAUUAAACUUUUUGUAAAUGUAUUAGUUAUAAGGUCUGUACAGACACUUAAAUCACUAGACACUACAAUCUAUUUUCUUUCUUAUUGUUUUGUGUACCAUAACUUGGGAAUAAAAAAAUAUUCAAAAA